AUGGCUCUCACCGUGAGCAGCGGUGGCGGAGGAGCUACGAUCCGCUGCACCGACCUCACCGAAUCUUCUCGUAUUCCAUUUUCCACGCCCAGACUCGUAAACUUCACAUAUCCGUCGAGAACCCGUCUCAACGUAGUCUCUGCCGCCAAAAAAACCUCCUCCUCAACCGGCCGGUUCGACAGCAAGAAGCGUCGGAGCCUCGUCCCGACGAAGGAGCAGUCGGAAGAGCAAAACGGUGGGUACGACGACGAGAAACCGCCGUCUCAGACCGAAUUCACAGACGAAGAUGGAGGAGAUAGGACUGUGGUGAAUACUCGUUUCAGAGGCGAUCCCGCAGACGCGCCGAAGUUCGCGAUUAAGGAUCUUCCUGGGCUUGAACCUGAUCCAUUCGAAGGUCCUCAGUUUGAUGGUCUAGGGUUCUUCGUUCAGUACUUGUGGGCUUUCGGAAUCCUUUUCGCGCUAAUCUCCGGCGGGAUUGCGGCGGGGACGUACAACGAAGGAGCGACGGAUUUCAAGGAGACGCCGGUGUAUAAAGAGGCGAUCCAAUCUCGUGACCUUCUAGACGAAGCAGAGAGUUCGAGCUCGGAAGAUGUGUUCGAGUCCAACCCAACAGAAGUCGCGCCUAGUUUGGAAUAG